AUGACAUGUUCUUUCGUGCUUCUUGGAGGCCAAAUUUCUCUGCACAUAAUGCAUAGCAUAGACAAAGCAUUAAAACUAGACGAUCACACGAAAUAUCUGAAUUCUCGAGACAUUUUCAAGCAUUAUGGAAACAUUUUUGUCCCUGGUAGCGGUCCAUAA